GACGAGCCUCGCUUCCUUUUAUUCCACUCCCUUCUCUUUCUCCUUUUCUCUUCCUCCCUUUUCCCUUCAAAAAAAACAUGUCUUCGGAGUUUGACACGGACAAUGUUACUGUGUCCCUAUCCCGUCUCGCCCUGGCCAAAGCGAUCAAAACUCCUGAUGACGGUGAAUCAGAGGCCGAGCCUUGGACCAAGAGUGUGAUCUUUCACCAAUCCCACGUUUCCGAAAACAUGCGUCAAAGUAUGCUGUUUCCAAAUCAACCACGCCAUUCACAGCAACAACGCAUGCACCACGCUCGACCCCAUUCGCAAAUGCUCCGUCAUGAUCCCCACCACCCGGCUCAACAACAGCAACAGCAACAACAAGCGCGUCCCAUGUCUCACCAUCCUCAACAACGCAGGAGAAGCCGUAGCAGCUCUCACUUGCUAGACUACCAACAACAUCCUCCUCAACAACACCAGCAGCAACACCAGCAGCAGCAGCUCCAACAAUCUCGAGGGCCAUCACCACAGCAACAACAAAUGCUUCACCAUGGGCGACCACGCAGUAGCUAUGAAGUGUAUGAAUCAUCACCUCAGCCAAGCGAUCGCAGCACCAGCCAAGGCUCUUCAUCCCACCGCGCAUCAUCGUCUCAGGAACGUGCCACACCCCCACCCACUGCUGCAGUUCGGCGCAAAACCAUUGUUGCCAGCGACGACGAGGAUAAUGACGACGACGAAGACGAAGACGAAGAUGAAAGGUCUUCCGAUGAAGAAUCUCAGCCUACACCGAUGCCCCGCAAGAGCGCAUCCUUCCAAAUUCUCAACAACAGCAAGCCAACUCCUACUCCUACCCCUGGUGCUAAACCAAAUCUUCAGCAACUUAGCGAUCAUGAAGAUGAGAGCAAGCAAAAACCAGUGGAACAGCACCAUGAGGAAAAGAACCGUUCUCGUCGGAACCUACAUGGUCAGAAAGCCAGCGACUCUGAAGACUCGGAUGAGAAUGAGAAUGAUGACACUGAUGAUGAUGAAGAGGAUGCUGAUAAUGAUGAUCGUAUCAUCACGCAAAACUUUUUGGAUAUGUCCAUGACUGCUACGGCCCGACGACCGUCGAAUACCAUGUUGGAUGACGACGCAUUGAACGCACGACGUAUGUCUACGCUUCGACAAUUGGAACGAGGACCGAGCAUGCACAAACGAUCACGGUCGCAAGGCGACAUGAACUUGAUGACGGAGCAAGCGGAAGUCCAGGCGGCCAUCACUCAAAACCCUUAUGCAGAAGCGACCGGCAAAUCGGGAGCUAUUGAGCGUUGGCGACAAGGUAUUACGGACGGAACGCCAACCAGUUCCCGUCCGUCAUCCGCUCAAGACUCACCUAAUCAAAACGAUGGCGGAGAGGAGGAGGAGGAUGGAGCCUUGCCUUCCUCAGCUUCACGUUCGUCCUUUGUCCCCUCGGGUUAUCGACGUAGCCGACGCUCCACCAUCGGUGAAAUGGACAUGAUGUAUCAUCAUAUGCAGCAACAGCAACAGCAACAGAUGCAGUGGCAAAUGCAGCAAGCCGCACAGAUGCAACAGAUGGCCCAAAUCCAACAAUAUCAGCAAUUCCAACAGCAGCAAGCAGCAGCGGCAGCCAUGAUGAUGCAACAGCAGCAAGCUUUGGCACCAACACCACCUGCACCACCUGCAAACCUUAAUCCCAACCGCAAGAGUGUUUCAGCCAUGGAUCUAUUGACACAGUUGGAAAAGGAAAAGGAAGAUUCGCGUCGAAAGCCGGUUAAUCCCAAGACACGUGUAAAUGCACCAAAUGGUGCAACUAUUGACGGCGGUCUGCUGGGUAGAAUGCCCGCCAAACAGAGCCAUAAUCUUAGCUUCCAGCAGUUGCAACAAGGAGUUGGCACGGACCAUCAACACAAAAUGAUGAUGCGAGCAAGUCGAAGCGAUAUGAACUUGGCUUCAAUGGGAGCAACUGCUAGCCGCAGUGAUAUGAAUCUUUCAGCCAUGAGUGGUGGUCACCAACGACGUAGCCGUAGUCCAGGACCGGAAAAGGCAUUGCGUUCAGCAAGUGCAUUGGACGUCGCUAACAUGGGGAAAAAGGCCGGUGGUGGUGGUCGCAUCAGUAACACAGACGCACGACGACGUUCCGAAAUGAUGCGAAGCGAGAGUGCCCCAAUGGUUGCGCCAAGCAUGUCGACACCUAUCAAUAACCGACAAUCGUUCAUGCCUCCUGGCGUUGCUGGUCCCAGCGGUCAGAUGUACAGUCAGUAUUUGAUGCCCAUGACAGGUGGUACCCCAAUGCAAAUGCCGGGGAUGAUGACGCCAAGUAUGAGCUCUGGCAAUCGAUCUGCUCCUAUGAAUAAUGGCAACCGACGCAGCAUGGCCAAUUGGCCAAAUAAUGGCCUUGGAUAUCAAUAACUUUCAAUUUAUCAUCAUCAAUACCUCCUACAUACAUACACAUAUAUUUAUGCUACUUACUCUGUAGAAACAAAAAAAGCAACAUGCUACACACACGAUCCAUUCUCUAGUUUUUUCAUAGACCCCUUUGAAACUAUCAAUUCACACAAUCGCUCUUAUACAUUAUAGCAUGUACUACUUUUCUUCUAACUAUUUAAUACACUUUCCUCCUUUUUUGCAUCCUUCAAUUCAGUCUCUUCUUGCAGUUGACUGCUCUUUCGAAUCACAUAGCGAUCCUUCAAUCUUACGAAGAUCAUAAGGGGUUAAUGCAAAUGAUGCGCUCUUGAUUCUGUAUACUGUACGUGGCCUCUGCCAUUUCAUACAUAGCUGUAUAUCAGAUGUAGAAUGUGCUUUAUUCAGCAAGAUGUAUUAAACAGAGUUUCCCACCCAAAGCGUUACCUGAAAAGGUAGCCGUCAAUUUAAAAGCUAAUAAAAAAACUUUGAUGUGUGCA